CUCGAUGAAAGAGUUGAUGGGCGAUGCGGACAUGUCGGCAGGGGCAGGGAUCGUGAGGAACAACGUGCGCAUGUUGGGAGAGCUGAGCGGCAGUCCGAACAUCCUGCAGCUGCUGGCCUAACAGCUCCGGCCUCAGCCUGUCUUCCACAUCACGGAGUUCAUGGAGGAGGGCAAUCUUUUGGACUUCCUGCUUCGGAAACGUCAAGACCACCAGCACACCCGGUCGUCCCUCCUCUACCUGCGGACUCUGCUGACCCUCCUGCUGGACAUGGUGGCCGCUCUCCGCUUCUGCCACCACCACAGCAUCGUCCAUCGGGACGUCAUAGCCAGAAACUUCCUGGUCUACAGGAAAGGAGGGACGUACCGGUGCAAGCUGGGUAAUUUCAACAUGGCUGCAAAAGCACCAACGAUGGAGGAAGAGACCUACGAGUGCCCCGACUGUCUGCAGAUUGUUUUCCAAGGAUCCUCCGAUGAUCCCGUUGCUAAGCUCUGGACUGCCCCCGAGUCGAUGGUCGGGCACCAGUUCUCGGAUAAGAGUGACGUGUGGAUGCUGGGAUGUACCAUGUACGAGGUGCUCACGCACGGGUGUCGCCCUUUCACCGAGAUGUGGGGCAUGGCCGCAGACGACAUCGUGCAACAAGUUGUGUUCGGACUGCGCCCCCGCCAGCCUUCCUGCGUGCCGCGGAAACUGUUCCAGACUGCCAUGCUGCCCUGCUUCCUCACCGACCCGGUCGAGCGGAUCGCCCUGUUGCAGCUGGAGAAGAAGCUGAAGGGCUACAUGAAGGAGUGCCCCCUACCGGGUGUGGAACACAUAGAUGACAUCCAUCCCCCGCCCCGGCUGUCUCCCAACCAGUCAACACGACCUGAGAGGGGAAUACCAAAGAAUUUGGAAACGCAGAUCAGCAGUGAACCAGAAGUCACUUUGACUGACUACAAAAUCGAAAAGGAGGAGUAUCUACUGGAGGAAACGGUUGACAGCAGGAGGAGGGAGAUAUUACUCAGGCUUGAUCACGUGAACAUCAGACGGGUCAUCGACGUCGUCUUAAACGGUGACAAGGUCAAACAGGUAACGUCAUUCCUCCGCUCCAAGGGAGGGAAGUACGGUUUCGUUGUUACCUUCGCCGAGAAGAUUUCACAAGUGUUUCCCGGAGGCAAGCUGACCCUUUUGGAUGCAGCUCGAGAAAAGCGGUUGUCCGCUGAGGACAUGGUCCGGUGCCUGAGGCAAGUGGCGGACGCCAUGGCCUUUGUGCACGGACAGUCUCUCGUCAAGGGAGAAGGCAUCAUCCACUGUGAUCUCCGGGCCAUGUCACCUAUGGAGGUGAUUGAGAGCGGGAUCUACUCGCAGGGCAGUGACGUCUUCACGUUCGGACAGCUGUGCUGGGAGGUGUUCCACGCCUACGACGCCGACAAAACCAGCUAG